AUGUCUUCAAACAGGCGCUCGUCCAAGUUCUCGAAUGAUACGCAUGCGCUUCAUCCAAGAACUCGGUGCCAUCUUUAUCACUAUUGCGCCGCUGGUUUCGGCUGUUGUGCGCUUCUACACCCUCGACAGGCCCAGCAAAGUCUCAGCAUUGCGCUAUCGGCUGAUGCCGACCUCUCCAAGUUACACGAAAUACUGAACAGUAAUCCGAGAAUCAAAAGCAAUAUAACCUCCGGGACGAACAACAAAGUCACCCUUCUGGUGCCUACCAAUGACGUAUCCACCCAAUUCGUUAAACACUUUAACAUUAGCGAAAUAUCCCAGCUCCCCGUGAGCCAGCUGUUAACCGUCUUUCAAUACCAUAUUCUGCAUGCUACUUUCACAGCCACGAACUUCAGCGCACCAAGGGGCAUCACAGUCCCCACAAAACUUCGAGAUGAACUCUACAACCUUCGGAGCCCUGACCCUGCCAUCAUUAACCAAAAGUCAAAAGGGACGUCCUCCGAUGACCAUGCCUCAAGCUUGCGUGGUGGUCUGAGCCAGACUGUGGAGCUCAUACGGAUCGAUGGAGUUCGGGAUGGCGGAUCCUUCCAGUCCAUCGAUACUGUUCUAGAAGCACCAAAAAUGUGGUCUACUACUAUUAAGAAGCUCUCAAGCUCCUUGUCGGUUCACGGGGAUGCAUUAGACACGAUUAAGUUGUGGAAGCAGCUUGAAAAGACCAGCAACAUCACCUGCCUAGGACCUAAUAGCGCACUUUUGAAAGAGGCUGGCAGUCCUCAGAGUUCGCUCAGAAACGAAGACCUCAAAACGCGUUGCUGUGGGUCGCAAGUCACGAUUCGGGAGAAGGAGAAGCUGCAAUCAUGA